AGAGGUUGAGAACAAUGACUAACCACCUAGCUAACGCCUAAACCGCGCUCUCUCUCUCUCUCAUGUCUGCUGCUGCCUUGUUUGUGUCAUUAAUACAAUGAUUCUUGGUUGGAAGAUAUCUUUAUGACAAUGCCACCUACUGAACUGUAGCUCAAGAAAAAAACACGCACAACACACAGUUGGAGAGAAUGUUCAAGCUGCAGAGGCAAACCAACAAAGCAUCCAAGCCAAGAGAGAGGCUUGAUUUCAAAUUCUCAAAUUUUCAAGCCCUCCAGGUACCAAAGGGUUGGGACAGGCUUGUCGUGUCUAUAAUUUCUGUAGAAACAGGGAAAACACUUGCUAAAUCAGGCAAAGCACCUGUCAAGAAUGGUUAUUGCCAAUGGACAGAGACUCUAUCGGAAUCUAUCUACAUUCCAAGAGAUGAUUCUUCCAAAGGCUAUGAGGAAUCCCCCGUCAAGCUCGUUGUUUCCGCGGGCUCGACAAGAUCCAGCAACCUCGGAGAAGCAACCAUCAAUGUAGCCCAGUAUGCCGGUCCAAGGGUGUCUGCUGCAGUUUCACUGCCUCUAAAGAAAUGCAGUUAUGGGACGAUCCUGCAGGCCAAAAUUCAAUGCCUAAUCCCAAGAUUGAAAAUCAGUGAUGAAGAAUCAAAAUACUCGAAUUCUCAAGAAAAAGAUCAGAGUGUGGAUCAUCGUGAAACGGAGCGUGUUACUAAUGGGUCGGAUAAUUCCAAUGGUAGUAGUGUUGGACAAAGUGAAGACUUCACCACUACCUUUCCUCCACCGAAAUCAACCAGCAAGGAAGCAAGUCAAUCAGCAUCUGGGAGAAUUCAGAGCUCUGACUCUCCAGAGGGAUCCGGAGGGAGGGAAAAUUUGUCCAUAAAGAAUGCUUUGAAGAGUGAAGAAUAUAGUUCUAAUGGAAGACAAGAUGGAGAUUAUUAUUCAGUUGACAAUGAUUCUCCAUUGAACCAGUCGUCUGAAAACUCCCGGCUGUAUUUGAGAGGGGAUUUGCGAAAUGGAGGAGCAAACAGGCCAUCUUUGACGAACUUUGGUUCUUCAAGGAAUCUUCUGGAAGCUGCAGAAGAUACAAUAGAUGAACUCCGAGCAGAAGCCAAAAUGUGGGAGAGAAAUGCUAGGAAGCUAAUGAUUGAUUUGGACAUGUCAAGAAAAGAAUUCUCUGAUCUGUCGAAAAAGCAGGCAGAACUAGUAGUCGAGCUCUCAGCUGCAUGUGCAGAACGUGAGGGCCUGAAGAGAGAAGUUGAACAUUUGAAGCUUGAGCUGGAAAACUUGGCAACAACUCAGGCUAGCCAGGAAAAUCUCCUCAUUCAAGCUGAAAGCCUGAUGCAGAUCCAGAAGGUACUAGAAAACGAGACAAAAUAUCAAAAGAUUCUGAAUGAUAAUUUAGGCCAACAACUGAGACGAAGCCAAGAAUCAAAUAUAGAACUCGUUUCUGUUCUUCACGAGCUCGAAGAGACCAUAGAACAGCAGAGAAUUGAAAUAGAGAAUCUUUCAUCUCUCAAACUGGACUUCACAGAUUUAGAGAAUUCUAUAGCUAGAAAUUCAGAGGAUAACAGGGCUCUGCUGCUCCAGUUGCAACAACUCCAAGAAUCAGAGAAGAAAUUGCAAGCUGAUGUUGAAUUGCUUGAGGAAGCUUUAAGGGACAAAACUAAUGAACUGGAGCAAGAACAGAAAUCAAACAGUGAGGUUCUGUUUCGUGUUGAAAAGGAUUACGAAUACAAAAUGUCUGUUAAAGAAGAAGAAAUUGCCAUGUUAAAAGCAGCACUGUCAGGUGACGUUAACGGUGAACAUUUAGAGGCAAUGGAUGACAACAAGGAAGAUAAUGCGGAUCACAUCACGGAAAUAGAAUCCUUGAGAAAAAAAGUUGAGGAGUUAGAGAAGGAUUGUACUGAGCUCACUGAUGAAAAUCUCGAACUGUUAUUCAAGCUCAAGGAAUCAAAUAAAACUAACAUCAGAAAAUGCUCGUCUUCUGAUUCAAUUUCAAGUGAGCAUCAUACCAUUUCUCGUAGUGAUGAGUCUGAAAUAAGUGAUCCAAAAUUCCUGGAAGAGGAGCUUAAGAAGAAAGUAACUGACGAGGUGCAGAAUGCUGGCUCUGAAAGUUCUGAACAUUUCACUGAGAUUUUGAAACAACUAGACAUGUCUUUUAACCUUCUGAUGAAGCCUUGGUACGGUAUAUCAUCUGAGACCUGCGAUGACUUUGUUUGUGAUCUUACGAGUGAAAACAAGGGAAACAAAACUACUAAAAUGUCAGCUGAACAUAUUCUUGGCUUUUUGCAAGAACUGAAUAAGCUCUUGGAAAUGAGGAUCACCGACUCUGAUGAAAUUCUCAAGCAUCAUGAGAUUGAGAUCAAAGAGAGAAAUGUUAUUAUAACUGAUGCUAAAAAGAAGAUGGAAGACAGCUAUUUGGAAGUUCAAGAACUUGAAAAGUCAAAGGCCAAAAGCGAAGAGUACAACGCAAAUCUAAUAAAGGAAUUGGAUCAAAAAAGAUCUGAGAUUGAUUUUAUAGAGUCUAAUUUGCUUUCGAAGGAACAGGAGACCAUCUUUCUUGUGCAGCGUCAGAGGGAAUUAGAAAUCACUUUAUCAGGAUUGCAAGAAGAAAACAUGCAGUUCCAGGAAUGCAUAUCUUGUCUGGAAACUCAAGUAAGACAACUGAAAGAUGAAAAGGAAUUUUAUCUGCAGGAAACAGAUGAUUUCAGAUCUGUUGCCAUGAGUGUCCAAGACGAAAUCCAGAAAUUGAAAGUUGAAAUGGACAUUCAAAUAUUGGAUCUCACACAAAAAUCAGAAGAUAUACAGAAACGAUGGUUGGGAGCUCAAGAAGAGUGUGAAUAUCUUAAAGAAGAGAAUAAGACAUUACAGGCAUCUACUGCAAUUUUAGAAGAGGAAAGAGUUAAACUUCUGAAUUCAAAUUCAGAACUGAAGAGGAUAAACCAAGAACUGCAAGAGAAUUGUUCAUCACUGGCAGCUCAAUUAAGUGAAUCGAAGAAAAGCUUGUCUGAAUGCACUAAAAAGGUUGAAGUUUUAGAGGAUCAUCUCGCUUCAAUGACAAAUAAUUUUGCCCUGAGAGAAAAUAGUCUUAAAUCAAAGGUAGAUGCACUCAUUAAAGAAAAUAGCGAGCAUAAAGAAAAACUUCUUCUAGAGGAGAAUUUGCAUCAGAUACUUUCGGAGAAGACAAUAGAGUUUGAGAGCCUUCAAAAAGAUGUAGAACACCUCCAUAGGCAAGUAUCUCAUGGUCAUAAGGAAAGGGAAAGAAUUUCUCGUGAAGCUUCAACUGAAGUUUCUCGUCUUAUAGCAGACAAGGCUGAGCUGCAAGCUUCCCUUCAAGAAGUUCAGUCAGAAGCUGAAUUGACAAAGAAUGAACUCGAGGCGGCCCUGCAAGAAUCUAAGUUCCAAGUUGAUGACUUAAAAAGUCAGCUAGCUGCUGCCAAACAAAGUCAUGAGAGACUCAGGGCUGACCAUGAAAGAAUUCUGAAAUUGUUAGCAAAUUACAGAAAAAGUGAAGAAAAACUAAAGAGCGAGAUGAACGAGCUUGAAUUGAAGCUUACCAUCUCUGACUAUGAAUGCCAACAACUUUCUAAAGAAAUGAGCAUUUUGAAGGUUCAGCUGCAGAAUAUAUCAGGUCUUCAGGAUGAAAUAUCCAUCUUGAAAAGCGAUCUCGAGGGCUGCAGGGUCAAUAAGGACCAACUAGAGCUCGCACUGCACACAGUUUCUGGAGAUUAUGAAAAACUGAAGGCAGAGAAGAUUUCAUUCUCAGAGAAAAUCUCCAUUUUUCAGGAUGCUAUGUCUGAGUUUGAGGAAUGCAAAAUGAAGAAGUUAGAACUAGAAGAAAAGCUUCUACAGAUGGAGCAGGAGUUGACUGUGAAAGAGCUUCUCUGUAUCCAGAAUGCUGAGCUUAAAGAUGAGCUGACUGAAUUAAAGAGAGCAAACAUGCAGUUUCAGCAGAAGAUGUAUAGACUUGAGGAGGAGAAAGAUGAAUGCUUAAAGAAAGCUCAAGUUCUGGAAGAAAAUCUAAAAUUGAUGGAGGGUGCAAACAGUCAUGAUUUUCAUGAUGAAAGUCCUCUUGCCGUCAGUGUGGAUCACAAGAAAAAACGACAGCUCCCUGAGGGACUGGAUGUGAAAAACAAGAUCAGAGAUCAGCUGGAAAGUCGUACUUCUGCUGGGCAGAAGAAUUAUGCUGUCGCUUCCAAGAAACCAGCAGCUGAUGGUGAAGUGGUGGCAAGAGAAAGGUAUGAAAGAACGAAGUCAUCACUAGAGACAGAGCUAAGAGACCUCAGGGAGCGCUACCUAGAAAUGAGUCUCAAAUAUGCUGAAGUUGAGGCCGAGCGCGAGGAUCUUGUCAUGAAACUUAAAGCAACCCGAGGUGGCAAGAAGUGGUUCUCCUGGAAUCAACAGCUUCCGUCGUAAGAUGUUAACCUCAAGUAGCAUCUGUACAAACGUAUAAAUAUUUCUGUCUGUUUUUCAUUAUUAAUUCUGCAAUAAGUACUUGCACCAAGCAGGGGAUGAGUAAAUGAGCUUGCAAGUUUUGCACAUUUCUCAUUAAAGUGACCAUAGUUUUGAAACCAUGUGACAAGCUUAGGUACUUCUCCAGAAAGAUACAUAGUGUGAUCUUUGCUGGUCAUUUUUAGUGACAUAGAAGUGUAUUGUAUGAUGUUUACCAAAAAGAUAAAGGAAAAAGUUGAGAGAAAAGCACAUUACAUAAGCAAGCCUAUUGUU